AUGUCUGCCUUACUCAAUGUGACUGGCUCAUCCCGAUUAUUUGAGAACGCAGACCUUGUUCAGGAUCUUUUCUCUCUCAUACCUAUCCUUGUAACGACUAUAACUUUACUGGCCUCCUACGUCACCUACAAUGUUGCCUUCGGCACUGACAUCCCUCACAUAAAAGGACUACCGCAAAUGCCAGGCGCGGUCCCAAUCUUUGGACAUCUUCUCAAGCUCGGCGAAGACCACGCGACCACUUGCGAGAAUUGGUGGCGGGAAGGGAACCCAUCCACCUUUCAAAUAAAGUUGGGAAACACCAGAGCCGUGGUCUUCAACUCCUAUGAGGACAUUCGCCGACUGCUCAUCGGCCACCAGAAUGCAGUCAUCGACCGACCGAAACUGUACACCUUUCACGGCCUCAUCAGCAGUACGCAGGGCUUCACGAUCGGAUCGUCACCUUGGGAUGACUCCUGCCGCCGAAAACGCAAGGCCGCAGGCACGGCGCUCGGGAGACCCGCUCUUCGUAGCUAUUACCCCAUGUUUGACCUUGAGAGCUACUGCAUCCUCAGAGACUUGCACAAGGACAGUCGCAAUGGUGAGGUGGAAAUCAGCGUGCGGCCGUAUAUCCAGCGAUAUGCAUUGAAUACAACGCUGACGCUCUGCUACGGCAUCCGCAUGGACGCUGUUUACGAUGAUCUCCUGCGCGAGAUCCUGCAUGUCGGGUCGGCGAUUUCGCUUUUGCGCAGUGCUUCCGAGAACACUCAAGACUACGUUCCCAUUAUGCGUUACUCCCCAAACAAUGAGAAGAGCCGCCGUUCCAAGGAUCUUAGGGAACGCCGUGACGCAUAUUUGAAUCUGCUUCUUGAUAAAGUCCGUGAGCAAAUCAAGCGCGGCACCGAUAAGCCUUGCAUCUCAGCAGCCAUCUUGAAGAACGAGGAAACUAAACUUAGCGGGGUCGAAGUUUCCUCUAUCUGCCUGUCACUUGUAUCCGGAGGAUUCGAGACGAUACCUGGGACCCUCACUUCGACCAUCGGAUCCCUUGCCACAAAGGCGGGGCAAUCUUGGCAAGACCGGGCCUACGAGGAUAUCAAGCGUUACUACCGAGAUGUGCGCGAAGCGUGGGCUUCUUGCUAUGUGGAAGAGAAGAUUCCAUACAUCAACGCGAUCAUCAGGGAAGCUGGAAGAUACUACACAGUCAGUUCUAUGAGUCUUCCUCGAAAGACUGUGACCGAAGUCAACUGGAACGGGGCCAUCAUCCCCCCAAAGACAAUGAUCUUGAUCAAUGCACAAGCCGGGAAUCAUGACGUCGGGCAUUUUGGUGACGAUGCUGGACAUUUCAAUCCCGAGAGAUGGCUCGAGACUGUUGAUCCCCCUACGGAAAAGGAGGUCUCAGGCGUCGGUCACCUCAGCUUCGGACUCGGCUCUCGCGGCUGCUCGGGGCAAUACAUCGCACAACGUCUGUUAUACACAGCUUUGGUACGAUUACUAUCGUCGUACAAGAUUGUUGCGAGCGAAGAACUACCCCCGAAUACGGACUAUGUUGAGUAUAACCAGUUCAAGACGGCUUUGGUGGCGAUCCCCAAGGAUUUUAAGGUAAAGCUUAUCCCCAGAGACACGGCUUUGACCAGUGAUUGCUUGAUAGCUGCGGAGGAGAGAACUAGAGAGCAUUACGUCGAGUAA